AUGGAGACGGCGGACCUGUUCUACGACAGCGCGUGCCUGUCGUCGCCGGAGGACGCGGGCGGGGAGGAGGGGGAGGACGGGCACGUCCGAGCGGGCGGGGGCCGAUGCCUGGCCUGGGCGUGCAAGGCCUGCAAACGGCGCUCCAGCGUGGCGGACCGGCGGAGGGCCGCCACCGUGCGUGAGAGACGGCGGCUGAAGAAGGUGAACCACGCCUUUGAGGCGCUGCGGCGCUGUACCUCCACCGGGCCCCCGGCCUCCGGCCCCGCCCAGCGCCUGGCCAAGGUGGAGAUCCUGCGCAACGCCAUCCAGCACAUCCACAGCCUGCAGGAGACCCUGAGGGAGCAGGCCCACAGAUACUACAGCCUGCCCGGGGGAAGAGCCUCGGAGCCGGGGAGCCCCGGGUCCAACUGCUCCGACGAUAUGGUUGGCUGCAGUCCUGUUUGGUUGGACAUGAGCUAUGGAAGCAUGAACAGUUACGAGAUGCACACAGCGGGCAGUGAGGAAGAGGCUCCCUCAGUGUCCAGCCUGCAGUGCCUGUCUGGCAUCGUGGAUCGCCUGUCCUCCGCGGAACAGGCCUGCCAAACGGGCGAUGCGGUCGCCCUCUCGUCCUGUGUCUCCCACUGCCAGCCCAGGACCCCCGAACCCCUAAACGCCAGACCUGUGUACCACAUGCUGUGAGCUUCUGCAAACACCAACCAAAAAGACUCAAAACUUUUAUAAUAUAUUUACUUCAUCACUCUACUACUUUCCCUGGAUUCUUUCAACUGAUCGCGUUUCCCCCCUAAACGGGGGUAAAAUGGAAUUUGGUUCCUGCCUCAUGACUGUACUGUAAAUAAUUGUGUGCAUAAGGACUCAUUUCAAUCAGACCUGGGUAAAAUACCUAAUUGUUUUGACGUAACUGAUUCAAAUACAUUUCUGUGCUCUAUUGAUCUUGCCUGAUGCAACUGUGCCAACCUAGAGGACCAGAAAGCGAGGUUUGCACUUUUUGAGAGUAUUCAUAGAUUCCAAUGCACCAGACGAGCUCAGUAAAGCAUAGGAAAUCAUUUCAAAUCAUCCAAAAGAGAGAAAUAAUUUGACCCAGGUCUGAUACCAACAUCUUCUCAUUCAUUUUUGAUCUGUUCUGAUUCUGAAUAUUUAACUUAACUUUUUUAAUAGGUUCAAUAUUGUCCAUUUUAGCAUCUAUUGUUCUAAAUGUAAAUAAACGAUAUUUAU